AUGUCUCAUUCGAUGUCUGAUUCGAUGUCCGGCAUGAGCCAUAUGGACAUGACAUUCUUCACCGGCCACACCACUCCUCUUUACUCGAAUUCAUGGACACCGUCGUCAAUAGGAGGCUACGCCGGCACCUGUAUCUUCCUGAUCAUUCUCGCCAUCAUGUUACGACUUCUCUUUGCAGGAAAGGCUCUUUGUGAACAGAGGUGGUUGACUGCUGCCCAAAAUCGACGCUUUGUGCUUGUACGAGGGCGGCAAACGGAAGCUGGUAGGAUUGAUCAGGAUCCGGACGCCAAAACCGGUUCGCUGGUCACAGCGAACGGUGUGGAGGAGAACAUCAAAGUUGUACAAGCAUCGACCGGAGCAGUGGUCCCUUUCCGACUCUCUGUCGAUGUACCUCGUGCUUGUCUGACCACCCUUAUUGCCGGUAUCGCAUAUUUACUCAUGUUGGCCGUUAUGACUAUGAACGUGGGCUACUUUCUCUCGGUGCUGGCUGGUGUUUUUGUCGGCGAACUGGCAGUGGGCAGAUAUGCUCAGAUUGACGAACAUUUGCAUUGA